GGAAAAGAUCUUUGGCAGUUGGAGGAAGGAGACGUGCCUAGGCUUGGCGCCUUUGUUUUUGCGAGAGGGAUGUGCCUCUCUGAUCCGUGUUUGCUCCAGCGUUGCACCUCGAAUAAGUCAUUUACGUAUCUACCCUAGCACUCUUUGCUCGUGUGCCUAGAAUAGUUUUCUUUUUUCUAAUCAGAAAGGAAUGGCUAAACAACUCUAUUCUGGGCAUGUGGUAGAAUGUCCUGCAAGAAUUAGUGAAGUUGAGGUGCCUUUAAACAAAUCAGAAAUUAUCGUGGCUCUGCUUGGGGGAAAUAAAGCCACAGGCUCAGGUGAGAGGGGACUUCAGAGUUAAUGGGAUUCAGCUGUUGAGGUCAGUGCCUUCACCCCCUAGCCUCAUCCCUGCUUGUAUCUCCACUGGGACUUGGCUGGGGUGUUCUAAGAAAGGGCUCAUUUCGUUAUUUGCAAUUUCAGUUGUUAGAAAGCUUUUUUGUGUGUAUUUAGUAGGUAUUGUCUCCAUCCAUGGACCACUGGUCUGGCUUUUGUCAGCCCUAUGAAUAGUGUAGAUGUACUUCAAAAUGCUCCUGGACUUGUGAUGGGGUUGCAUCCAUACAAACACAUCGUGCAAAAAAAUUAUAAGUCGAACCAUCCUAACAUGAGGACCAUCUGUGUUUGAAAAAAGUCCUUUUGCAUUGCUUGUAAGAGUUCUGGUUUUCAAAAUGAGAAAUCUGUUUUAUCCGUCAUUCUUCCUGAAGGUGUGGUUUGGGGUCUUUUUCCCCAGCUCGUCUUGCACAACAAAUUAUUUUGUCCAUGUUCCACUUAAGAAGUGACAUCGAAGUUGGAAUGUGAUCCUCCAUAUCUAAGUUGGCAAACCCAGCUUAGGCUAGAAUCGUGACUCCCAUUAUCGUAGCUUCAUGCUUAUGUUGACAAAGCCACGAUCACAGCUCCUCAGUUGUCAAUCCUGAGACCUUCCCGUGCCUGCUACUGCUUCACAAGUCUUCCUCAUGUGCCCUGGCAGUUAAUAUUGGAAGGAGGUAUUGCCCAAGUGUAAUCUUGAACAUGGGUGGUGCUGUGAGUGCUGGUGAGGACAACGAUGAACUGAUAGACAAUUUGAAAGAAGCACAGUAUAUCCGGACUGAGCUGGUAGAGCAGGCUUUCCGAGCUAUUGAUCGUGCAGACUAUUAUCUUGAAGAAUUUAAAGAAAAUGCUUAUAAGGACUUGGCGUGGAAGCAUGGAAACAUUCACCUUUCGGCCCCAUGCAUCUACUCGGAGGUGAUGGAAGCCCUGGAUCUGCAGCCUGGACUCUCGUUUCUGAACCUGGGCAGUGGCACUGGGUACCUCAGCUCUAUGGUGGGCCUCAUUCUAGGUCCUUUUGGUGUAAACCAUGGGGUGGAACUUCACUCAGAUGUGAUAGAGUAUGCAAAGCAGAAACUGGACUUUUUCAUCAGAACAAGUGAAAGCUUCGACAAGUUUGACUUUUGUGAGCCUUCCUUUGUUACUGGCAAUUGCCUGGAGAUUUCUCCUGAUUGUGCUCAGUAUGAUCGAGUGUACUGUGGGGCUGGUGUACAGAAAGAGCAUGAAGAGUACAUGAAGAAUCUGCUCAAAGUGGGAGGGGUUCUUGUCAUGCCACUGGAAGAGAAGUUGACUAAGAUAACGCGCACAGGUCCUUCAGCUUGGGAAACCAAAAAGAUUCUGGCUGUUUCUUUUGCUCCUCUGAUCCAACCCUGCCAUUCAGAGUCAGGAAAAUCAAGACUUGUCCAAUUACCUCCAGUGGCAGUUCGCAGCCUCCAGGACUUGGCUCGCAUUGCCAUCCGGGGCACCAUUAAAAAGGUCAUUCAUCAGGAAACAGUGAGCAAAAAUGGAAACGGACUAAAGAACACCCCCAGGUUUAAACGCAGGAGAGUUCGCCGCCGUCGAAUGGAAACGAUUGUCUUUUUGGACAAAGAGGUCUUUGCCAGUCGGAUUUCCAACCCCUCUGAUGACAACAGCUGUGAAGACUUGGAAGAGGAACGGCGGGAAGAGGAAGAGAGGACCCCACCUGAAACAAAGCCAGACCCCCCUGUGAACUUCCUGCGCCAGAAAGUCCUGAGCCUCCCUCUACCAGAUCCCCUGAAAUACUACUUGCUUUAUUACAGAGAAAAAUAAAUGUCCUGUUUGAGAAGGGAAAUGAGGAAGAGCAGAUUGCCAAGUCUGAUGUGUGUGCCGCCUGUCUGCUGUGGAGGGACACCUGGGAGCAGACGCUAUGGGGAAGGGAACUGCUGUACUUGUCCACAUUGUAGUCUUCUUUUUCUAGUUCUUGAUUGUCCUCUAAAAUUUUGAUUCAGUGGUGUGAUUUCUUUACGUAAUCCGACAAGAUCUACACUGCAUAGAAGAAUGUUUUCCCAAAGUGGAGAGGAUCUUCUUAGAGAAGGGUAGAAGGGUGUUUCUGUUUUAGUUCUGGUGAAACACUAAAGUGUACAUGGUAGAGACUAUUUGAUGUCUGUCCAUUUCACAAGAUGCACAAGAUUUUAUGCAUUAAAAAUGAAAACUGAAGUUGAAACUAACCUGUGUUGCUUAUAAAGUAUGAAACAAAGCACCAGUUUGUAAAUGUAUACAAUUUUUUCCGGGUAUGAUACACCUAUGUCCAAGUUUGAAUUUUAUGAUAACAACCUCUUAAUUACUGGCACUGAGUUUCACUGAACUUAGUUUUCUAGAGGGGAAAACAUUAUUGAGAAGCCUUCCCUGAUUUUAAGUAAAUUAAUUAAUUCUUAUUUGUCAAUUAUAAUUUUUAAAAGGAAAAAUUGUGAUGAGGGAGGAAGAAUAAAAGAUCAAAUUGUGGGGUAUCUUUCUGGGAAUUCCAAAACAAUUUCAAGGAGUCUUUUUCUGACCCCUUUGUUACCUUUAAAAGAACCACUGUCAAGUAAUCCCUAAAAGAAUAUCCUGAAAAAAGAAACAAGUUUUUCUGUGCGUGUAAGUAGUAAGGUAAACUACUUUUACCGUAACCAUAGAGAUGUUUAUUUACCCAACUUUAAAGACUGUAACGGGUUUCUAGGUGUCGACACACUCAAUCCUUAGAACAGGUGGAAAAUAUUAAGACGGCAGGAAAUAGAUUGGGGCCUGUAUUAUAGACAGCCUGUGCUUUUUAACUUCAGUUUGCUAUUUUUCUGUCGUCAUAUUAGAGUACUGAUUCAUAGAUUUUAUCUUUUAUAAUUCUGGAGAAAAAGAGAUUUGUUAGUUUUGUAAUUUUUCUUGAGAACAAAUAUUUGUAUUUUAGUAGCUCAGUUGUAUUAGAACAGUGUAACUCACAGCGACUUACGAAAUCAAUCUUCACCAGGACUUGUGUGUGGAGAGCUUUCUAUCCUAUCAAAUUGUGGGGCUAGAAGAAAAGCAGUCUUUCUAGUAGUCAGAUAGCAAAAUGAUUUGAAGUUACAUUGUUUAUUCCAGAACAUUUUUUUUUUACCCAAAGACAAGAGUAGUAGUAAAAAUUGUUAACAUUAAACAUAAAUUCAUAAGUGUUGACAUAGGAUUACGUAUCCAGAUUUUAUAAUUAAUUUUAACCCUUAGACUCUUGGAAGUUGCUGGGCUUUGAUGUCUUUGUGGUUUCACCAGCUUAACUGAGUUAUGAUUAUUUUGAAUCUUUUCUACUUUUUUUAGUAACUUAAUUAUUUUUACAAUACAGUCUGCAUGCAUAGCUGGGAAAACAUGUACAUUGCCCUAGUUUGGUGAAUUUAAGUUAUUUUAAAAAAAGUUCAUAGUUGUUACCUUUUAACUCAAAGUCAAGCUUCAUUCAGAGAGAAAUGCAUGAUUUAAGUUUACUUGCUAAUACUUCAUAGUUUGCAGAUCCUUAUUGACAUUAUUCUAAUUGUUAUGUAGAGACUUCUAUGUACAUGAAAAUUUUCGGACAUAAUGAAUGAUACCCGUGAAAUUUGUUGUAUUAGAUGGCUUGACUAAAUUUUUUCCAUAAUUGUAUUUGGGCUGUGUUUUUUAAAAAUCGCAUUUGCCUUUAUGCUAGAUUGUAGAAAUCAUUACAAUGCAUAAGACAUAUUUUUUCCCUUAGAUGUUAAACUUUUCCUAGCAUUUUGUAUUUAUAUGUUGUCAGUUUGUGAUUUUUAAACCAAAAUUUGGUUUAAAAAAUAUGGUUGUAAUAUAUGUGAGAAAUAGUUUGGUAUUUAUCUUAUAAAAUAAAGGAGGAUUGUAAAUAAGUUUUCUUGUGCACCUGACUGCAGAAUUCAGUAUAAUACAUUGUUUUCUGUUUUCAAACAGACAAAUCAUAAUAUAGUCUGUAUUAUCUUCAAGAUCUAUAUUGUAAACCACAUUCUUGGCAACUGUAUACUUUUAUGUUUUGAGUAGUCUGUAUUUUAAUAUGUGACUUUUGUCUUGAAAAGUAGUAAAGCCCUAGACUGAUGCAAAACAAAUUUCAAAUUAAUAGAUGUUAAGUAUGUAAGAAUCAAAUAUGUAUGUGAAAAUACUUUUGUUAGCCUGGAACUUACUAGGGAAAAAUCCAAGAAAUUUGAAGCAUGGAUUUUAAUGAGCUUAUAUACAUGGAUGAAUAGAAAUGAUAUCAAUAAAGGUAGUUAAGAUAUUUUAUCCUCA